GCCUCCCUAACACGACUUCCCGUGCGUCUGUUCUCAGCUGACGUGUAAGAUGGGCUAUGUCAGUCUCUCGUCAUCGGUGGGAGCAGAAGUCGCUGGGGUCGGCCCUCUCCGGCUGCCCGGCCCGCCACUCCGGGAGCCUGUCCCACCUGCAGCCUCCGGCCCCGCAGGGACAGGGCUCUCAGGCUCGCCCGCAGGGGCCCCACUCCAGCUCGACGCACAGCUUGGGGGCGGCCGGCACUAGCAGCACUAGCCAGGUCCAGGGCCCCGGCAGGCCCGCGAGGGACAUCCUGGGGUCGCACCACGCCUACUUCGGCCUCAAGCAGCCGCACCGCCACAGCGGCGUCCACAGCGUCGGCCUGCUCGGCUCGCAGACGGUGUCGCAGACCGUGGGCAACGUGGGCUUCAUCACGGCGUCGGGCCUCUCGGAGCUACGGCUGCGGCCCGGCUACCGCUGGCAGAGGUAGGCUAGGCUGCCUCAGGCGACAGUCCUCCUCCUCCCUACCGCCCACCCUCCCUACCGUAGGCAGGGACGUAUCAAGUCUUGUAUGGGGGAAAGAAAAAAAAAAGAAACCAGAAAAAUAGUGUUCUUCCUCUUGCUCCCCAUUUAUGUAGAUUCACUUAGAUUCCCCAAUGUCAUGUUCUUCAUGUAUGUGGUAUCACACAAUUUUGUAUGAAUGUUUAUUUAUAAAUGAUAUUUUAAAUAAUAAAAACGGAAAAACUUUUGGUA